CUCCUCUCCACUUGCACUGCACACAUCCAUCACAGAUUUCCUUCCUGCCGUCCUGCCCUUCCUUCUUCUCUCCCUCUCUCUCUGUUCUACGUACAGUAGAUCUCCUAACGAUCUGCGUUUUCCUGCUCUCCACGGAGUACCUCUUUCUCAACUCGUUCAAUAAUUCCACCAUCAUUAUCAGAUUUCAAACCACGUCACUUGUUCAGGAAACCGCUACUUAUCACCCGCGUUGCUGCGAGCGGAGGACAGGUCGUAAGAGACAGGCACACUUGGGAAAAUGAAACUUACACGCAAAAAGUCCCCUCCGUGCACCGACGACACCUUCCCGACUACUCAGUUCCUCAUCCUUGCAAUAUGUCGCCUUUCCGAGCCGAUCGCCGUCACUGCCAUCUUCCCUUAUGCCUGGCUCAUGGUCAAGAGCUUUGGGAUCGAUGACGCCUCCUUCUACGCCGGCAUUCUCAUCGCCUCCUUCUCCCUCGCCGAAGCCUUCACCAGUAUGUUCUGGGGUGGUCUGUCCGACCGCUUGGGCCGGAAACCCAUCCUCCUCACCGGGCUUGCUGGCACCGUCCUUUCGCUUCUCGUCGUCGGAUUCUCUACGAGCUUCACCAUGGCGCUCUGUGGAAGAAUACUCGGAGGUGCUCUGAAUGGAAAUAUUGGUGUCAUCCAAACCAUGGUCGGCGAAUUGGUCACCAAACCAGAACAUGAGCCCAAGGCUUACGCCGUAAUGCCUUUCGUGUGGUCGAUCGGAUGCAUUAUUGGCCCUGCCAUCGGUGGGUUACUUGCAAAUCCUGCAAAAUCUUACCCUGGUGCAUUCUCUGGAGACGGGCUGUUUGGUCAGUUUCCCUGGCUUCUCCCCAACCUCGUCUGUGCCUUCAUCAUGCUCUUUAGCAUCAUCGUCGGCCUCUUUUGGCUCGAAGAAACCCAUCCCGAUUUCCGCCGCACUGGAACGGUGGACGAAUCCCCUAACCCCGUCACCGAGCGUACGCCCAUGAUUCUAACAGCUGGCGCCAAUGCCGAUGCCGGCACCGAUUUGAGACGGGACUCCUUCGGGACGUUCAAUGAAGUCGACAUUCAGAAGAACGACAAUUGGAAAAUCAAUGCCGAUGGUACCUCGCGGACUCCCUCGAUAUCCGAAAAUGGGUCUCAGAAAUGGCUCACAAAGAGAGUGGCCAUGUUGACUCUGGCUCUCAGUCUUUACACAUACCAUUCCAUGUGUUAUGACCAUCUCCUUCCCAUCUUCUUCGAAGACAAGCCCGUGGAUGAGGUCUCCCUGUUCGGUCUCAGUCCCGUCCACAUCCCUGGUGGCCUUGGUUUGUCCACAAAGGAUGUCGGGGUGAUCAUGUCUGUCAAUGGCUUGAUUGCUUUGUUCAUUCAAGCCGUCAUUUUCCCCAUCGCCGCUGAGCGUCUGGGCGUCUGGCGUGUUUUCGUUGUCGUCACGAUUUGUCAUCCUUUGGCAUUCUUCAUUGUGCCUUAUCUUGCUCUUCUGCCACGGAACUUACUCUAUCCAGGCAUUUACUUUUGCCUUUCGGUUCGGAACCUUCUUUCAAUUCUCGAUUAUCCUGUCAUCUUGAUUUUGCUCAAGCAGGCAAGUCCUUCUCUUUCGGUUCUUGGUCGUAUCAAUGGUCUGGCAGCUGCAGCCGGUGCAGCUUGCAGGACCGUCGCACCACCUAUUGCAGGCUUGUUAUAUGAAUGGGGUUCAAAUAUUGGUUUUACCGGUCUGGCAUAUUUCGGCGCCGGCGCUGUUGCUAUUGUCGGAGUCGUUCAACUGUGGUUUGUACCACGCGAAAAGCAUACCUCCACUGUCAAACCUAUCAUUCCCUACUUGGAGAAUACCGAGGAAGCGAUCACGGAUGUGGUUGAAGUGACCGUCGUUGAUGAGGACGAGGCUUAAUUUAUUGAAUUCAUUGUGCCGUGGUUUAAAGCAGUUGACUAUCUGGAAGUGGCGACCAUGAGUGUUUGCCCAGCACUGGCUCCAGGAGCAAAGGGGCUAGGAAAUGAACCUGGGCGUGAAUCAUGACUGUACAUUACAACUAACAAUGUUGAUGAUCAUGACGGGCUUCGCAUGGCGUUUUGGAGCAGGCAUUACCGACUAGAAAAGGGUCGCGGCAAUGGGCGGGUGCCUGCGUGGUAUACAAGAUAGAAAUUGGGCUUGUGAGUAAGACUCGUACAGAUUGUGAUUACUCUGCAAUCAGUACUCUUCAUAAGCCUUGUAACUUCAACUAGGAUUUCCUGAUAGAUAUCUUCGAACUCGAUACAGAGAGCCC